UUCUACUUCUCGAGCUACCAAAUCCUGUUUUCAUCUCCAUAUAUAAGAAAGUUCUAUUAUAAGCUAGCUCAUCUUUCUAUAUAUAUAUAGACACAUGCAUACACUCGUACAUACAAUAUAUGUAUAUACAUCGUGAUCACUAAAUCUUACACUUGGUAUUUUACUUGCCUUUAAAGCCUUCCUUGGCUAUCUUCCUUCACACCCUCUUUAAGAGUCACUUGACUUUAAUAUUUCUCUUUUUGUUUCUUUCUCCUUUUUUCGAUCCGCUGGUAGCAUGCCUGAAUGUCAAGAGAAAGGGAGAGAUUUGAAGAGAUAGGGAAGAAGAUCAAAAGAGAAGCAGAUGCUUGGCCACAUCAUAUGGCAGGAAUUAGAAGACCAAUGUCGGGUCCUCCCGGAACCCUCAACACCAUUACUCCUUGUGCUGCCUGCAAGCUUUUGCGCCGUAGGUGCGCUCAAGAAUGUCCUUUUUCGCCAUAUUUUUCCCCACACGAGCCUCAUAAGUUCGCAUCCGUCCACAAAGUUUUUGGGGCUAGCAACGUCUCCAAGAUGCUAAUGGAAGUGCCUGAGAGCCAGAGAGCAGACGCGGCGAAUAGCCUUGUGUAUGAAGCAAACGUGAGGCUAAGAGAUCCGGUGUACGGAUGCAUGGGAGCAAUCUCAGCUCUACAACAACAAGUCCAAGCUUUACAAUCCGAGCUCACAGCCGUACGAUCCGAGAUUCUCAAGUACAAGCAACGAGAAGCUGUCGCCACUUUGAUCGUACCUUCUAACUCCCAAGUCGCCGGAUAUCACAACUCCGGUGGCGUCUCCGUCAUUGCACCACCACCACAAAGACCGUCAACUCCACCGCAACCUAACGCGGCUCAUCCUCCUCCUCCUCCUUCGUCUUGUGUUUUCUCUCAACCAACCACAAGAGCCUUAGAAUACGGCGACAUUGAAAGUGAGAACAACUCCUACUUCGGUUAAAAUUUAUUUGUAUCAUUCUACAAAC